CUCUCAUUUGUCAUAACUCUCUCUCUCUCUCUACUACUUCGUCGAUUUUUGAGUAGUAUUAAAGAAGACAGAAAGCAGCUCUCGUACAACAUUCCUACACUUGAUACUAAUUUACAUGGCUCUUCUUCGCUGCAUACCUCAAUCUUCAACUUAUCUCCCCAAGAUGAUACAGAUCCGAGGAUUCCGAAUGCAUGGGACCAAGGCAGCAGCUUCUGUUGUAGAAGAACAUAUCUCGAGGGCAGAACGUGAGGAUGAAGAGUAUGCUGAUGUUGACUGGGACAACCUCGGAUUCAGUCUUGUACGGACAGAUUACAUGUUCGCCACCAAAAGUAGCAGUGACGGAAACUUCGACCAGGGUUACCUUAGCCGUUACGGCAACAUCGAGCUAAACCCUGCUGCUGGAAUUCUUAACUAUGGCCAGGGGCUAAUCGAAGGGUUGAAAGCGUACAGAGGAGAAGACGGUAGGGUUCUUCUCUUCCGUCCAGACCUAAACGCGAUGCGUAUGAAGAUGGGAGCUGAGAGAAUGUGUAUGCAUUCUCCUUCUGUUCAACACUUUAUUGAAGGUGUUAAGCAGACCGUUCUUGCAAACAGACGUUGGGUUCCUCCUCCUGGAAAAGGCUCAUUGUAUCUCAGACCGUUGUUGUUCGGAAGCGGAGCAAGCUUGGGUGUGGCUGCAGCACCAGAGUACACGUUUCUUGUGUUUGGUUCUCCUGUUCAAAACUACUUUAAGGAAGGCACAGCGGCGUUGAAUCUGUACGUGGAGGAGGUGGUUCCACGAGCCUAUCUUGGUGGAACUGGUGGCGUAAAGGCAAUUUCAAACUACGGUCCAGUACUUGAGGCGAUGAGAAGAGCGAAAUCAAGAGGGUUUUCGGAUGUUUUGUAUCUUGAUGCAGAAACUGGGAAGAACAUAGAAGAAGUCUCUGCUUCUAAUAUUUUCCUUGUGAAGGGGAAUACAAUAGUGACUCCAGCUACUAACGGGACAAUUCUAGGAGGGAUCACGCGUAAGAGCGUCAUCGAAAUAGCCCUUGAUCUUGGCUACAAGGUGGAAGAACGAAGCGUUGCCGUAGAAGAACUGAAGGAUGCAAGAGAAGUUUUCUGCACUGGAACUGCCACUGGGGUUGCUUCAGUUGGAAGCAUCACGUUUCAGAACACAAGGACUGAGUACAAAGUGGGAGAUGCGCUUGUUACACAACAACUUCGAUCUAUUCUGGUCGGAAUACAAACUGGUUCUAUCCAAGACACUAAGGAUUGGGUUUUGGAGAUUGCCUAAGUUUUCUAAUAGAAGAAUGUUGCACUCUUUGAUCACCUAUCAAAAGCUUUUGAAACGAUUAUGAUAACCUUAUGUUGCAGUUGCAUAUAUAAAUAUAAUCCCUAAGUUCAGCUUAAUAACAUUUGUUUCACUCUUCGGUA